AUGGAGGAUACAAAUAAAAUUACAGACAUGGAAGCUACUCCGGCGCAAUUGGAAGUGGGAGCUAUCCUUCCACAUCUUGGAGCUGCUCCGGCGGUGGAGGUUGCUCCGAUUGCUAUUCCGGCAGCACAAAACACUACUCCGGCGGCACAGAAUGCUCCGGCCAUGGAGGCAUCGACUCGUGUGGAGACACAAAAUACUGUUGUUGCAUUACCAAAAUUUAACCCUGAUGGAAUGGGUGUCGACGCAUCGCAGUGGUGCUCAUUAGUUAAAGAAAGUAUUGGCCUAAAAUUAUCUGGCAAACGUAUUCACAAUGUUGUAAUAUUACGGGGAAUCGGUGAUGGGGGAAUAUACAGUACAUUACAAAUUUUAGCCAAUGUUACUAUUAAUGAUAAUGCUAUUGAGAUACUGUUUCACGUAGUGCAAGAUAAUCAUUUAAAGAAUGAUAUUGUCAUUGGUCGCGAAAUCCUUAAACAAGCUUGCGGUUAUGGUGCUAUGCUCUUGCAUAGAAUUAACAACAUACCUCACGUAAUUGAAUAUUUUAGCAAAACGACUACCUCCGCUGUGUCUAGGUACCACUCUUAUGAGUUGGAGACGUUGGCGGUCGUUCAGGCCGUUAAACAUUAUCGGCAUUAUUUUCUUGGUCGUAAGUUUGUAGUUUACGUAAUUGAAUAUUUUAGCAAAACGACUACCUCCGCUGAGUCUAGGUACCACUCUUAUGAGUUGGAGACGUUGGCGGUCGUUCAGGCCGUUAAACAUUAUCGGCAUUAUUUGCUUGGUCGUAAGUUUGUAGUUUACACUGACUGCAAUUCUCUCAAGGCAUCGCGUACUAAAAUAGAUCUGACUCCAAGAGUGCAUCGCUGGUGGGCGUACUUACAAUCGUUCGAUUUUGAUAUUCAGUACCGUGAAGGUAAACGCAUGGCUCAUGUUGACUUUUUGUCAAGAAAUCCUAUUAAAGCGAACUCUGAGUUAAUGUUAAGCAAAAUUCCUGAGAAGCGAGUAAAUUUGGCGGAAAUUUCAUGUGAAUGGUUUCACGCUGAACAGCAAUUAGAUGCAGACAUAGCUGGCAUUGUAAAUAAAUUAAAUUCGAAUGAGCUUACAGAAGAUUUGUCCAAAACCUAUGAGUUGAGGAAGGGAAUCUUAUUUCGCAAGGUUCAAAGGAAUAAUAGAACCCUUUGCUUACCCGUUGUUCCGCGCGUAUUCAAAUGGUCAGUUAUAAAUCAGGUGCAUGAAUCAAUAAUGCACUUAGGGAAAAAAAAAACACUUGACAAAGUCUAUCAAUACUACUGGUUUGAUAACAUGAAUAAAUACGUUCGAAAAUUUGUUGAUAAUUGUAUAACGUGCAAAUCUGUCAAGGGUUCUUCGGGGAAAAAGCAAGCAGAGCUCCAUCCAAUUCCUAAAAUAAAUGUGCCUUGGCACACAGUACAUGUUGACAUAACAGGAAAGUUAAGUGGGAAAAGUGACCUCAAAGAAUAUGUGAUCGUGCAAAUCGAUGCAUUCACUAAAUACGUUUAUUUGUUCCACACUUUAAAGUUAGAUACUGAGAGUUGUAUGAAAGCUCUUAAGUCUUCUAUUUCUUUGUUUGGGGUUCCCAACCGUAUCAUUGCUGACCAGGGUCGAUGCUUUACUAGCUCGAAAUUUUCAGAAUUUUGUUCAUCACAAAAUAUAAAACUUCAUUUAAUUGCUACAGGGGCGAGUCGCGCUAACGGGCAAGUUGAGCGUGUGAUGAGCACGUUGAAGAACUUGUUGACAGCAGUAGAAUCCAGUAACCGAUCUUGGCAAGACGCUCUCGGCGAGGUUCAGUUCGCUUUAAACUGUACCACAAACCGUUCUACUGCAGCAAGUCCCUUGGAAUUGUUGAUUGGUAAGGAGGCUCGUCCUCUCGGUUUAAUACCACCAUGCGAUACUGAGGUUGCAGUCGAUGUAGCAAAAGUUAGAAAUAAGGCUUCUGAGAAUAUGGGAAAUAUUGCUGCGUACGAUAAAAUCAGGUUCGAUAAGGGUAAAGCACCGGUUGUGAGAUACAAGGUUGGUGACUAUGUGCUAUUGAAAAACGAAGAGAGACACCAAACCAAAUUAGAUGCAAAGUUUAGAGGUCCAUUUUUGGUGAUUGAGGUUCUGGAUGGGGACCGCUACAUGUUGAAGUCUUUGCAAAAUAAACGAACUUACAAGUACUGUAAUGAGGACAUUAGAAAAAUGCCAAACGGUCAAAUUCCAAGUGAAUUGGACAUUGAAAAUGAACACCCAGUUAAGAGUCCAGAACAUAAAGAAUAUGUACCAGAAAAAUAUUGGGUUCUUAGAGACAUAUUAGUAAAAAUAUUAUCACAACACAACAUUUGUCAAGAAGUAUCCCAUAAGAUAGAACAACCCAUCGAAAUAGAUCUAAAUAAUAUAUGUAUGGCAUCCGAAACAACGGAACAGCUUAAAACAAUAGAAGAAGAAAGUGGUUCAGAAGAUUCUGAUUCAGAAACGGAAAUAAAGCUGUACAAAAUGACACAAACAGUUGUAGAUUUCAUUAAUACGGCCACAAGGCUUAUGCCCGAUUUCGAUGGCAAACCAGAGAAUUUAAGAUCUUUUCUAGACGCACUUUCACUAAUAGAAACAUUAAAAGGCGACCAUGAAACGGUAGCCAUAAACCUUAUCAAGACCAAAUUAAAGGGCAACGCCCGAAACCUAAUUGAAAACGAAGCCACUAUACAAGAUGUAAUUAGAAAACUCACAAGUUCUGUGAAAGGUGAAUCAGUUGAGGUCCUCUCGGCCAAAAUACUGAACAUCCGCCAGAAUAAUAAAUCUGCCAAUACGUAUUGUAACGAAGUGGAAACUCUGACAAAAUCAUUGGAGAGUGCAUACAUCUCCGAUGGUUUGUCAUGCACGUUAGCACAACAAUACUCCACCCAAAUCGCCGUAAAGGCAAUGACCAAAAACUGCACCAUUGAUAGAGUUAAACUCAUCAUGGAAGCAGCCCAAUUUAACACUAUGAACGAAGCUAUAGAGAAGUUUGUCAGACAAACAAAAACUACCGUGGAAAUAGAGGAAGACAACAUGGUAGAGGUGGAUACAGAAGCAACGGCAACAAUAAUAACCACAAUAAUAACGGCAACAGAAAUAGAAAUGGAAACUCUAACUACCGUGGAAAUAGACGUGGGUAUAAUAACAACAACAGCAAUAGGCAAAACAAUUAUGCCCAAAAUAACAACGUUAGAACUACUAACGCAGAACAAACUAACCCGGAAAACUAAAAAAUCCCCCUAA